UUCCCAAUGGCGUUCGAUGGUUGAUCUGUUGUAAAUGUAAUGCGAUAGCACCAUUGACACAAACGUUAGUUGAUUUUCGCCAUUUUUCGAUUCUUUCUGUCUCUGUAAUGGACCGCGCUUCCUGGAGAACCCUGGUGCUUUCCAACCAUCUUCUACAGCAUCAAUCGUCUUCAACCCUUACCCCCAAUCCAUGUCUCCAAUUCUCCCCGCCAGAGCUGUCCGAAUGCUUCUCCUUCGACAUCAAACAGAUGCGGAACCUCUUGGACGCUCACAAUCUUCCCGACCGGGACUGGGUCUUCGGCUUGAUGGUGCAGAGCAAGCUGUUCAAUCCUGUUCAAUCCGCUGGCAGAGUCUUCGUUUCGCCUGAUUAUAACCAGUCCAUGGAGCAGCAGAGGGAGAUGACCAUGAAACGAAUUCAGUAUCUGUUGGAUAAUGGCGUUUUUAGAGGCUGGCUUACUGAUAAUGGAAUUGAAGAUGCGUGGAGGAAGUUUGCCGUGUUUGAGGCAAUUGGGAUUUAUGAUCACUCUCUAGCUAUUAAACUUGGAGUUCAUAUCUUCCUAUGGGGUGGAGCUAUACAAUUCUUUGGCACAAAGCGUCAUCAUGACAAAUGGUUAAGGGACACGGAAAAUUAUGCGAUCAAGGGUUGCUUCGCAAUGUCCGAGCUCGGUCAUGGAAGUAAUGUUCGAGGAAUUGAAACGGUGACUACAUAUGAUUCAAGCUCUGGAGAAUUUGUUAUUAAUACUCCCUGUGAGUCAGCUCAGAAGUACUGGAUUGGCGGGGCAGCCAAGCAUGCAACACAUGCUAUAGUCUUUUCGCAGCUCGACAUAAAUGGGAAACGUGAAGGUGUCCAUGCUUUUAUAGCCCAGAUCAGGGAUGCGGAUGGUAAUGUCUGUCCAUACAUACGUAUAGCGGAUUGUGGCCAUAAACUUGGUUUGAAUGGUGUUGAUAAUGGUCGGAUCUGGUUUGAUAAUUUGAGAAUCCCAAGAGAGAAUUUGUUGAAUUCAGUAGCUGAUGUAUCACCAGAAGGGAAAUAUCUGAGUGCCACAGAAGACCCAGACAAGAGGUUUGCGGCAUUUAUGGCACCUUUGACAUCUGGUCGUGUAACCAUUUCAGUUGCUGCAAUCUAUUCUGCAAAGGUUGGUUUAGCAAUUGCUAUAAGAUACUCAUUAACAAGGAGAGCCUUCUCACUUACACCAAAUGGGCCUGAAAUCCAAUUACUAGACUACCCUAGCCACCAAAAGCGAUUGUUGCCUCUCCUUGCCAAGACAUAUGCAAUGACUUUUGCUGGAAAUGAAUUGAAAAGGAUCUAUUUGAAGAGAACACCUGAAUCCAUCAAAACAAUCCAUGUUGUUUCAAGUGCAUUUAAGGCAACCUUUACCUGGCAUAAUAUGAGAACACUUCAGGAAUGUCGUGAAGCAUGCGGCGGCCAAGGCCUGAAGACUGAAAAUCGAGUCGGCCAUUUGCAGAGUGAAUUUGAUGUUCAGUCUACCUUUGAAGGUGACAAUAAUGUCCUAAUGCAGCAGGUGAGCAAGGCACUCCUUGCUGAGUACAUAGCAGCUAAGAAAAGAAACAAGCCAUUUAAAGGGUUGGGAUUAGAACACAUGAAUGAGGCUUGCCCUGUCAUUCCUUCGAAGCUUACGGGUCCUACCCUUCGGAGCUGUCAAUUCCAGACUGAUGCCUUUUGCUUAAGAGAGCGAGAUCUAUUAAAUCGUUUAGCCGCUGAAGUAUCUCAAUAUGAAGCACGGGGUGAUAGCAAAGAAUAUGCCUUCAUUCAGAGCUUUCUGCUUGCGGAAGACUUGGGUAGAGCUUUCUCUGAAAGAGCCAUAUUGCAAUCUUUUAUCGACGUUGAAGAUAGUCUACCUUCCGGUACAAUAAAGAAUGUUUUAGGUCUUCUGAGAUCCAUGUAUGCCUUGAUCUGCUUGGAGGAAGAUGCUUCCUUCCUCCGGUAUGGUUAUUUAUCAUCAGAAAAUGUAGCUGCCGUAAGGCAGGAAGUGAAGAAAUUAUGCAGCGAAAUACGACCUCAUGCUCUAGCACUGGUCAGCUCCUUCGGCAUACCCGACGCUUUCCUGGCCCCUAUAGCAUAUAACUGGGUGGAUUCCAAUUCUUGGUCUUCAGUGCAGCAAAAGGAAGGCGCCAUUGCAGUUGGCCGUUCAUGAUAAGCAUUCUCCAUAUUGUAUCAUUUGCUCAAACUAGGAGCACUUGGUAAGGGGGUUUACAUAUACAGCCGAUUCAGAUGGGGAUUUCCAAACAUUGCAAAUUGUAAUUUUACUUUUUAAAGCCAACUCACUUUCCCUUGAAUAAGGCUUACAUUACCAGUUUAUUCUCUCCAUUAUUCAUAAUUUAGCUUAUUUAGAUAGGGCAAGACAUUGUAUUGGCCAACAUUGCUGCAAAGAGAGAGACUGGAGAGUGGGAAAGCAUAAUAUUUUCAUCCACAUCAAUUCUUAUGUAAAUUAUGUUUACAAUUCAA